CUAAAUGUGGAUUUGUUUAUAGCCCUUGCUCUUACAUUUCUAAUUGCUACGCAGGUCGAUAUUGACACGCAGUCAGCGACCGUUAACGGUAAACUGUCGACAGCUUCGCCGCAAUUUUACCUCAAGCAGAUUAGAAUGUUUUUUAGUACUUUGAGAAACAACAUCUUGAUUAUAUAAAUACAGUCUUUACUAUGAAAGACAUCCACACAAUAUAUUUUUUUUAAAUCGGACGUUUUCAGUGAAACAGGAAAUACGUUCAGUGGAGCUUCUGUUUUACUUCCUCCUUUAGCAUGUUGUUAGCAGAGCUGCAAGCUAAGUGGGGCUGACAAAGAAAAUGUGACGGUUUUCGCUUAGAUCAUAUGCAGAAGUGAUUGAGUAAAUAUGAUAAAGAUGUUGGCAUUUCAAACGCUUCGUGUCGUUUCCCUGAAAAUCAUUGGUUCGUCAUGUAACCUGUUGACAAACAAUGUUUACUCCAUAACUAAGAGAUGCAGCCUCAGAAGUCUGCAAAGCCAAAUCUUAAGACCGCUCAGCUCCCACCAACAUAACCUAAAGGUCCCAAAAGUGCCAACAUGGGAGCCUGUACCAGAAGAGGAGCUUCCUCGGAUCCCUGCUGACCUGGUGGACAAGCUGGAGCGGCUGGCCUUGGUGGAUUUCCGGACCCAGCAGGGGCUGGAGUGCUUGGAGAAAGCCAUUCGUUUUGCUGAUCAGCUUCACGUUGUUGACACGUCUGGGGUCGAACCGAUGGAUUCAGUUCUGGAGGACAGGGCUUUAUAUCUGAGGGACGACACAGUGACCGAGGGCGACUGCGCAGAGGAGCUGCUUAAGCUCGCAAAAAACACAGUGGAAGAAUAUUUUGUUGCACCACCAGGAAAUAUUCCUCUGCCUAGAAGGGAGGAGAGGGCUGCCAUCCUCAGACACUCUGAAUUCUGAAGAUAGAGAAUAAUUUAUUGCUUUUUUUUUUUUUUUUUUAUGAAAAAUUGUACGUGUCUGCCUUACACUCCUCAGUCACAUGUCUUUUGUCUUUACUGCAGUCUAUCUGCAACCAUAAGCAAUAUGGGAGAAACUGGGAGAUGUGCAGCUGGUUUUAUUGGCUCAGCUUCUCCUAAAAUUCAAAUCUUCCUGUUGUUGACGAACAUGUUCGGGUUUCAGUAUCAUUUCACAUAAAGUUGACGUCACACAUUGACCGCAGCUGUGAUGAUGCAAAGUAAUGACAGCACAGAUAAUACAUUGCACAGUGAAAUACAUGUUAUAUUGUGUUAUGUUGGUUGUCGUAUUUUACAUAACGUUCUCACUGAAGUCUGAUCGAUGACUCUUCAAGUGUCUUAAGCUCUUGUAAAUAUUGAUUUUACAAUAAAGGAAUAAAAAU